GUCCAGUCGAGCGAAAAUGGCGAUGAGCAGGCCUGACGGAGUUGCCUUCGAGGUUGACUCCGGUUUUCUGUCGCCCGAGGGCGAUCUGGGAGGGCAGCUUGCAGAAACGUGGGGGGUUAGAUGGCGGACAGGAGGAGAUGUAUAUCCCCGUCAAGGUUCUUGGCCGCGGGGCGUUCGGAGAAGCCUAUUUUAUACAGGAAAACUGAGGACAACUCAUUGCUGGUGUGGAAGGAGGUUGACCUGACCAGGCUGAGUGAGAAGGAACGUCAAGAGUCCCAGACUGAGAUCGAGAUCCUGUCCAUGCUGGACCAUCCCAACAUUGUCUCCUACUACAACCACUUCCUGGAUGGGUCCACACUUCUCAUUGAGAUGGAGUAUGCUAAUGGAGGAAAUCUGUAUGAGAAGAUUGUUCACCAGGAUGAUCUUUUUCCAGAAGAACUCAUCAUCUGGUACUUUUUCCAACUUGUGUCUGCUGUUGCCCACAUACACGAGUAUGGCAUCUUACACAGAGACAUCAAGACAUUGAAUAUUUUUCUGACCAAGUCUGGUCUGGUCAAACUGGGAGAUUUUGGGAUCUCCAAAGUGCUGGAAAAUACAAGCAAGAUGGCAGAAUCUUAUGUGGGAACACCCUACUACAUGUCACCUGAACUUAUUAAAGGAGAACGGUACAGCUUUAAGAGUGACAUCUGGGCAGUAGGCUGUGUGCUGUAUGAGCUGUUCACCCUCAAAAGGACAUUUGAUGCAUCAAAUCCACUGAGACUGGCUGCUCGCAUCGUUGAAGGAAUCAAAAUGGGAGAAAUUGACACGAGGUACUCAGAAACCAUCCGCUCACUGGCUCAUCAACUCCUGUCUGAUGAUACAGACAACAGGCCAGAAGCCAAGGACAUCCUGCUGUACCCUAUCUUCAUCUCACUGGGGAAGGACAUGGAGAGAAAAGUUUGGGAGCUUAAUGCAACUACAAGGAAAACUAGAAUGAGCGUCACAACUGACACAGUCCCUGUUGUUACCUCUAAAACCAGUGAGGUUUAUUACUGGGGAGGUGGAAAACAGAACCCACAGAAGCUGGAUGUUUUCCAUGGAGGCAGCAGUGCUUUACAGGUCUGUGCAGGUCGGUCCCACUAUGCUGUAGUUACUGUGGAGAAGGAACUGUUCACAUGGGCUAAUGUCCAAGGUGGUGUUGCCAUGGUGGGCCAGCUGGGCCAUGGAGACACUGCCUCCUACAGAGCACCCAGGAGAGUGGACUGUCUGAUAGGCACAGCCAUCACACAGGUGGGCUGUGGAGAGGAGUUCACUGCCUGUCUCACAGAGGAAGGGAAAGUGUAUGCCUGUGGGUCGGACUACUGGGGCUGUCUGGGAGGUGAGAAUGAGCAUGGGGACGAGGUGAUGAUUCCUGUUGAGGUGGAGUUCUUCAGUGGCCGUCCUGUGGCUCAGAUUUCCUGUGGAGACGCUCACAUUGUCGUCCUGACCCGUGAGCAGGAAGUCUACUCCUGGGGAUGUGGGGAGUUUGGUCGCCUUGGCCUGGGUUCAGAGGAUGACUUUGCCAGCCCUCAGAAGGUGGAGUUCUGUGGCAGCAAGACAAUCAAAACCAUCCACUGUGGUCCUGACGGUACCUUCUUCUUAACGGCCAAUGGCAGGGUGUUGGCAUGUGGUACUAAUGAACACAACAAGCUGGGCUUCAAUCUCAGUGCUUCUGGGCUGGUCAAACGGAAGAAAAAGAUCUCAUAUGACAUCCCCUGUAAACUACAACCCACCCUGGUGAGGUCCCUGAGCAGAUAUCAGAUUGUCCAGAUCUCAGCUGGACAGACACACUCUGCUGCCAUAGAUGUACAUGGUCUGCUGAUCACAUUUGGGUCCAACAAGUUUGGCCAGCUGGGAGUGGGAGACUUCAAACCUCGGCGCAGCAUCAACGUGCUGCGUGGCAGCCUGAUGGGCAGGCAGGUCCUGAGGGCAGCCUGUGGGGACGGCUUCACUGUGGCUGCCACUUCAGAUAACAUGAUCUAUUCCUGGGGGAAUGGUGAGGAUGGCAGGCUGGGUGUGACGUCAGACAGGGGAGAGAAGGGACCCAAGGGUCUCCACCCUGCCUCCGUCUCCAGACCCAGACCCAUAUUUGGCUCCUUACAUCUGGCAUCAGAUGUAUCCUGUAGACACUGGAACACUAUCAUGGUUGUGGAAAAAGUUUUGCAACAGAAAACUAUCAGGUCACAAAUAAGUACAGGCAAAGCAGAAGAGGUGGAUGACAGUGUGUUUGGCAGUGUGUGCUGUACCAGUGAGGAUGGUGCCAUGUCAGACAGGGAUUCCGGAGUCCCUGAGUCAUUCGUAGCUCCUGUCUCCUCCAACAGAGAAGUCAACACUGUAGGGGAUUCUGUCCCACCCCCAUGGCUUCAGCGGGAGUUAGCUGACUCAGACAUUAUACCGAUGGCCGGCACGUCUGCUGCCUGCCCUGAUGACAGUGUCAGGCCUCCAGAUGACAGUGGUGUGGACUUCGCAGACUGUGUACCUGAGUGGUUAAAGAAGGAGUUGGAAGAUGAGAACUACAUUCCCAUGGCAACUACAAAUGAUGCUGACACAGUACCAGUAAGAGAAGAAGAGAAUGAUGUUGAAGCCUUUGCUGUGGAUGGAGAAGUCACAGAAGUUGCCCAGAGAGUUCCCCCUGAUGGUGAUGAGGACACGUCACAGGGACACCACCCCUCCCUGAACAUGAGUGUGGAGGCCCAGCUGAGGGAAACCAUCGCAGCCCUGCAGGAACAACUGCAGCAGCUGCAGGCAGACAACCAGCAGUUGAGAGACAUCGUUUCCGAGCAGAAUGAGAAGAUUCGUAGCCUGGAAAACAAGAGUAAGGCCCAUACAGAGGUGGAUUCCCAAAUCUGGGCUCUGAUUGACCAGUGGCAGGAGGAGUGUUCUGAGGUGGUUGGAGGCAGCAGGGAUGGGAGGAGGCCACGCCCAGCCACUGUCCCCUCCACCAGGAGACCUGCCACGGCACCUACACCUGCACAGGCACACUCAGCUCCAGGCAACAUCACAAGUCCACGGAUUGUGUGAAUCAUCAGCUCAUGUUUAUAGCCUUGUGUGUUUUACAAUUAGGUAUAAAUGUACAGUGUACACUUCUCAUAAACAAGGGACCAUAUGAUAAUGAAUGGUCUUCUUCAUCUCUAGUUUUCACAGUAUUCUUACACAAUCAUACAUGUACAUGUACCUACAUGUCAACAGGCAGAACAUUUCACAAUUUAAAACUGCUUUAUAAAAACUAAUGUUUUCAGAGCUCCUACAUGUAAGAACACAGUUCCAGAGGGCCACAAACUGCCUUGCACAGUGGGAAAUGGUGGCUAGUAUUUCCCAGUACAUUUCAAACUGUACUGUUUAGUUGGAGCUUUUGUCAGACAGCUACUGUUCUACCAGGGGACUUGACAGGGUCAUGAGUUAAUGGACCAUGCCUGUGCAUUAUCUGCCUGGAACCUGGGGCUGGUCACUAUCUAGGAGGCCCCACUUAAUCCUGUUUGUCUUGUGUCAGAUAAUCCAUGAAAACCUGAUGCAUCCUGGUGCUCUUAAGUCUGGAGUAAGAUUAACCUUUUGGGACAUUUAAGAAAAAAAUGGUAAUACAUGUAUGUAUAUGUAAAGAGGGAGAUGCCAGAUAAAGAUAGCCUCUGCUGUAUUGGGUUUUCAUGUAACAAAGUGUCCAUGUCCAUAAAAGCUUUAUAAUAGUAUCUAUUUUCUGAUCUUAUCGUGCAAGAAUGAGAAAAGAGUAGAGUUUUAUGGAAUCAAAUGGAACAGUCUUUUUUGUCAUUUUUAAGAGCUUAAUCUUGAAGAGUGUAGUAAUGGCAGGCAUGUAGAUCAUAAAACUAGUGAAAAUUAGCCAUUCCUUGGAUUCAUCAGUAGAUAAAAUAUAUGGUUACUCUCAAGUUACAUUCUGGUGACCAGAUAGCACAGGCUACAUGUAGAAGAGGGAGGUUAGUGAUGGCCCAGUUUGGUCUAUGAAUCAUGUAUAAUGCUAGGCUCUGUAACAGUACCAAGGACAGCAAGCUUAGGAUUGGGGAAUUGUGCAUUGCUACAAAAGAAAGUGUUGGGAGUUUACUUUUAGUAAUUACUCUGCAGUAAGAGAUUGUUGCUUUACUGUCCACAAUCAGUAAUGACACACAAUCUAGCCAGUGAUUUAAGUAGUACAGAGUGAUUUCGUGAAAUUGGUACCUUUAGGUUGCAAAUUCAAGGCCAGUGUAAGGAAGUAAUUGUUAUUACUUAUUUUGAUAAAGAGCUGAUGCUGAUGCAUGGUUUGUAAGAGAUGCUGAGUGACUAUCUGUUGCCCAUGCUUAGCAGGGAAAAAUCCAAUGGCCACUUCACUUUAGAGUAGUGGUCUCUGCACUAACAUCAGAAUCAAGACCAGAAACCAUGGGCCCUGAGUGGAAGUCUAUUGAUUUUUUUUUUUUUGAAGGAUGGAGAGUUAUAUAACACAAUAUUGGGGAGAAAAUUGCCAAGCCAUUAGAUAUAGACAGGAUUACAGGGAUGGACUUAAUAGAGUUGUUAUUUCUCUUGGAAGCUAUAUUUUAUUUUAUGCCAUUGGCACAGGGAAGAAGGCUUUUAGUUGAAAAGACCAUUGUUUUCUCAGGCUUGGGUGGUUUUAUCUCUUGUGAUCUCUGCAUCUGGCAGGAUGAGAUCAACUCAUUCUCACCAGAUUCACUUAUGGUAUGAAAGUAUGACUCAAAAGUAUGAUUCAUUGCAAUUGCAGGAUGAUAAUGAAAUAAAAGUUUAUGAGGAAACUUGUAUAACCAAAUUAAGAUUUUUCAUGUACUAUAGAUAAACUACUUUCUUCUCACAGAGAUGCUGCCAUGUAACUUGAUUGUCGGCGAGUGCUUGGUUUUAACAAAUCUGGAGCCUUUUAUUCCUGCAGCAUUUGAUGUCUAUAGAGUGCAGAUAAUUUGGUUGGUGGUGGAUACACUGUCACCCUGAGGCUUUCCUGUUGGCUUAAGUGGUCAAAGGCAGGCUCUGGUGUAUCAAAUUAUUGAAAAGGUAGAGAUAAUUAUGGUUUUGAAGACCCCGAAUUGAAGCCUUAUGUAACAAAUUUCAUCUUGAAUAGGCACAAACCUGGUUUGUGCUGUCAGUAACAGCAGGUCUAUUUCAUGCAAGAGGAAAUGGCCUGACAAACCUUUUGCAGAAAAUGCCUAAUGUUAUGACAGAAAAUUCUAGCCUACAGACACCAGUGGUCACACCAUUGGUGCAAAACCUUCAAAGAAUAAAGGCAGGGCCCUGGUAUAUAACAUAUUGUAUUUGAAUUGUUCAUCCUACAUUCAUGUGUUUAUUUUAACCCUGUGAAUACUGAUUCAAGAGAAUUAGCUUCAUUAAGUAGUCAAAGGAUUUCCCUCUAAAUCUGGGCCUCUAUUUCAAAAGUGUGGUGAAUUAUAGUAAGAGCCCAUGUGUGUGGGUGGCUCAAGUGUUUCACUGAUGGGCCGUACAGUAUUGUGAUGCCUUUGUCACCACCACCUGCCAUGUGGAUUGAACACGUCAGGUACAAUGGUAGGAAUUUGGUAAUGGUGAUGGCAAGUCUGCUUUUCUACAUUUCAACUUAUGUGCCCUCUAUUUGGUGUACCGUAACAUACUUGGAAUUGGAAAUUUAUCUGCCAUUCCAGCAUAUUCAAUGACUAUUGUAUAGUUGACAAUGGUGAUAAAGCAAACUAGCCACAAAUGUUUGAGGAAUUUCAGCAAUCAAUCUGAGAAAGAUGACAUCUAAGCCUCUGACAAGGACAUGUGACAAUACAAAAUUGGUGGUUCAGGACAAAGUGCAGACUGCAGAGUCUGAGUUCACAGUUUCGAGUUUGUACAUCUUCCUCAUGUAAGUGCACGGUGGAGUGGGAGAGCAUAGUGACAAAUGAUCCACUUGUUAACCAUUGAAACUCCAUAACUCUCAGUCUCUCACACAACAACGUCAGACUAUUACUUUUUAUAACAAGACCCAGUUCAUACACAGGGAUGGGUGAUCCUCCACUUUUGUACUCUUUCGUCUCUAAAACAUAAGCUGAUUUUGAUCAGUCUGCUUGCUUAAAGGAAUAAUUAUUAAAGCUGACUUCUAUGACCCUUCACAGACCAGCCUGUCAUAUCCACUGCUCAGGACGUCAUUACAGCUCCCUGCCUGCCACAACUGGAGGCUGUUGCUAGGUAACAGACUGAUGUGUCAUCUCCUAAGAAUGCGUCCAUCUCUAUAGAAAGAUGAUUACCAUGGCAGGAAGGUAAUUUAAUGGACUGGACGCUUCUUUUUUUCGAUUUUAUUGGGUUUAGGCUCUGUUAAGAGUUCCUCCUUCUUCGCCAACAUUAGUUUAUGUAAGGGAUUCUGGCAUCAUGCAGGGAUAAAUUUCACACUGUAGCUAAUCAGGAAGCAGCAGUACCGCCUGACAUGCAAAGUGUGAUUUUAGAAGAGUAAAUACAUACAUGUGACAAGGAAACAAUACGCAUCUAAAAACCUUUAAGUGUUGGUACUUGCGUGGGUCAAAAUGUGCACAAUGGUGCUGAUAACUCUGACCUUUUAAGGAAAUGGCCAAUCCAUGCGAUUAAUGUGCACCUAUGCUUUUAGUUGUCAUCAUUGUGAGGUACACAUGUACUUGAAAGAGAAAUUACAGAAGUCACAAAUUGCCCCCUUUAUACAUGUAAGUCAAUGAUUGUCUGCACUUGUGAGUUACCAGAUAGAAUAUUAUUAUUAUGUGAAUCCCUGUGCUGGUUUAGAUCUUAUUUCUGAAUGGUACAAUCAAGGACAUUAUACAGAAGUAGUAUAAUGUCCUUGGUACAAUGUAUUUGUUUUGAGGUCAAUUCAACUGUUCCAUAUUUCACACACAGUACUAUACAGGACUUACAAACUGUUCUACAAUUAGUCUACUAUUAGUGUAGUCCCCUGGGAUCAAUAGCUAAAAUGAAUGUAAGUGGCAGUUAUUGAAAAUCUUGGCAGGACUGAAAAUCUAACUCAUAUCUUGUAACAAACUUGAAUUAAGACUGUCACAGUUUUACUUGAUUGGAACAGUCUAGAAAUAGCAGGUGUUCCUUUAAAAAACUCAUCUAGCUGUCAGCAAACUUAACAACCAACUAUGCAGCUGGUAAAGCACAAGACUGCCCGGUAGUACUUCUUGGUUUUCAUACAACAAAAAGUGACACAGUAAGGCUCUCAAGAAUUCAUCUAUAAACAAGUAAUUUAAACCAUCACUGCAAUUGUGUUUGUUCUUAUUUGUUAUGUGACAAAUGGUGUGGCAUGUGUAGAUCAUUGUAGGUUGAAAUAUUUUGUUAACAGGAAGUGUGUAAAUAUAGUUGCUGUCUAAAAUGAUUAUGUAAUAUAGUUGUAUAUGCCAUCAAAGCAAAAGCUAUUAUCUGCUUGUGUUGUAAAUAUUGCGAUGUUGACAUUACCCAAAAGUCAUGAGAUAGGCUGUAAUUAUGCCAUUAUGUAAAGUUCUAUCCACAGAGAAAAGCUAUUGACACCUCUGAGCAUUCCUACUCUGUGUGCCAGGAGGCACCUUGUUUUAUCAUUAUGAAAAACUUAAACUUUUCUCCAACUCAAAAUUUGACUCACCAGAAAUUUUCGACCGAAUCACUCAGUCUU